UCUAGCUUCCAGCCAGUUCUAAAGACGCUGUUGAAAAAACCAAAUUGUUUAAACUGUUUAAAAGUAAUUGUUACCAAUUACAAGUGAAUAAAUUGAAAAAUGGAGAUGAUAAGUGAUAGCUAUUUAUAUAAGAAACAAAAAUUUAAUAUUUCAACUUAAAACAACAAAAACAUAAACAUUGCAAUUAUUAAGUUGUCAAUUAAUUGUUUGCAAUUUGAGAUCACUUCGUGUAUUUAUACUUAUAACUGAAAAUGAAAGAUCGCUGAUGAGGGUGAGUGGUGUCACCCGAAACAGUUUUGAAACAGCCCUGCUUUAACGUUACGUCUUCGUUUAUGAUGUUCAAUGGCCAGCCUGUGUUGCCUUUAGUGAUAGGAUUACUUCAGUUCAAUUUUAAAAAAUUGUAAUCAACAAGGCGCCCUGCAACCAGCACGCUCAUACAUGUUCGACAAAGAUACUCUCUCAUGUUCAAAUUCUCUUAGCAAAAACCUCUCAUUUUGUUCCAUACUCUCAUGACCAGGUUGUGGGAUAUAUAAAGAUACUCUCCAUGUUCAGUUCAAAAUUUUCUUUUCGGCGGUCCAUGACGUCACAUCGCACCGCUCCGCCGCGGAAAACGGAAAAGUCGUAACUGGGAACUAAACACCGGGUCUCCCCAAAGAAAAAUCCAGAGUUGUUGUGGACCAACUGGACAAGAAAAACGCCGGUAGAAACUCUUCUUUUUUUGGAAAUUAAAGGAUCGGCGGCAAAACAUAAACUCGAGAGUAAAUCAAAAUAUAAAGGAAAAACAAGAGCAAGUGUUGUGAUUGAAACGGUGGCAAAACGUGCAAUUUAACUGGCAAACAAGCAGGAAAAUAACCAUUACCAUUAACCACUAAAGGCGAGUACAAGGAAUCGUGAUAACGCAACGGAGAAGCUGGUAAAACGAAGAAGGAGCGGCGCAGCAAUUUGUUCAUUUUAAUCGUCGUGUGUGUUCCUCCAAUAAAGAAACAUUAAAAAGGUUACUUAAGCCUCGCGAAUAAAACAAAAAAUACACUCAUAUGCAAGGUCGUUUGGGUCAAAGUUUGGCAAGUGCAAGUGACAAAAAGAAUUUGGAUAAAUAAAUAGAAACCCAAAGGAGACCGGCUCUCGGGCCCUGCUCCUUGUCUCUUGUUCGUACUUUUUGAGCAUCGCGUCGCGUAACCCAACGGUAAAUCUUCGCCCUACGUGGCGUGUGUGUGUGUGCGUGCCUGAGUGUGCGUUUUUCGGUUUUGUUUUCGUCUCCUCCUUGUGUUCACCAGCCUCCGUCUCCCACCAACUCCUAAUUUGCUCUACGAAAAACGAAAAAUUUGAGGUCAAACACUAAAAUUUCAAAUCAAUAUUAUUUUGCUAACGGACAAUUUUUAUUCAUUGGCUUUAAAGACACUGGAACACAAAAGGAAAUGGUGAUAUCAAAUGUAUAGGAGCAAUGCAGAGCAGCGGCGGCGCCAAACAAAAUGAGGAUGAGGAUAAACCAGCGGGUUGGAGCAGUCUGUGAUUAUGCUAGAAAUGCUCAAAGUGCGAUAUAAAUUUUUAUGAGUGUACGCGUUGAAUUUUUACGACUGUCCGGAGGGGGGACAGCAGGCAUAAAAACAAAAAGGCAAAAAUGUAAAGCGAAUGCUACGGCGAGGACGACGAUUUAAAACAAUACUUUCAGGCUUAAAGUGCCAACGGAAAUUGCAUGCAACGAGGAGCUGCUGCCGUUGGCCCAGAGCAGGAGGCGUGGCAUUAGAAGGCGCCCCCCAGCACGUGACGCAAAACUAAUAGACGCCAUUUUGUAGCGGUAAUUGGCAAGGCACACGUAAGCAGCUACGCCUUACAUAACACAGACACUCCGCCAUCACCCAUUUGCCACCCAGGCACACACACAGACCCACAGACUGUCUCAGUCUCAGUCUCAGUCUCAGUCUCAACCUCAUUAUGGCCGUUAGCAACAUUGUCUGCGAGUGGCUGCGAGCCCUGGGCCUGGCCCAGUAUGCGGAAAGCUUUCUGGACAAUGGCUACGACGAUCUGGAGAUCUGCAAGCAGGUCGGCGAUCCCGAUCUGGACGCCAUCGGCGUGGAGAAUCCUGCCCAUCGACACAAGCUGCUGAAGAGCAUACGUUCGCUGAGGGAAAAGGGAGCUGCCUCCGUUUAUUUCAUGCUCAACGAUCCCAACUCCCUGUCCGGCAGCAUGGAGAUCCUCUGUGAAACCCCGCCCAGCAACGAACUGGAGCUCGUCCUGCGAGAGCAACUGGAAACGGACGGAGUUCGACUAACGGCGCAUCCAUACUCAACACCGGUAAGUUGUUCAAGCCAACCAAACUCAAACUCAAACCUUCUUCAAUCCAUAUCGAAACGUUUUGUCAGACAUUAAAAUCGAAACGUGGGUUAAAUGUAAAACGUAAGUGACUUUAACUUCCACUGAAAAUGCACAUAUACAGACCCAAGCUUAAUAUCCCAACUCUCGUACAAAUGGGGAGGGGGGAAAAAAAAGAAGAGGGAAUCAAAAAUUGAUAAGACCCGCCCCGCUACGUAGGGAGUUUAAAAACUCAUUUAGUGUCCAAUCAAGCGGCCAUAAAAUAAAGUCAAUAAAUCAAGCAUAAAAGUAACAAAUGCACGGGCAGCUCACAGAUAACACGCACACGGCACGGAUACGGAUACAGAUGCAGAUACACCCAUAUACCCAUACCCCCGAACUUGGCUGCAUUUCAAUAAAAAUCCGAUACGUUCUGUGAGGUUCAGAUGGGGAGCCCGAGGAGCCCGAGGAGCCGGAGGAGCCCUCCUCUUUAUCAAGGUGUGAUGAUCACUUGCGUGCCAUCGGCGCCUGACUUGCAUUUCAGAGCAUCGCCACCUCGGCACCUCCAACCUUUCUCCCCCCGGGCAUUCCCCAGCACCGGCUUCCUCCUCCGCUGCCCUUUGAGAAUCAAUAAAAAUAAAUCGAAAUGUCACAGCGCUGCAUGUUUUGUUCAAGUGUGAGGUCCCGCAGCUCUUUCAAUCUUCCUCUAAAAAUCGAACAAAAAACUCAGUGGAACUGUAAAUGACACUGUGGACAGCAAAAUUCAUUGGAAAUUCAAUCUGCCAGCUAACUCUAUAUAUUAAUUUUACGAAAUUGGAAAUUAGUUGCCUUAAAAGCUAUUGAAUUACACAAGGUGGGCGAAGGUGAAGAAUGCACAGAGAAAAACAGCUGAACUAGGUGAAAUUUAUUGAGUAAAAUGAAAAGAAAUGUUUAAACUUGACGAAACUAUGAUUUUUUAUAUAUCCGGUAAAAAGGUAUUAUGAAUGGGUAGCACCAAUAGGUCUCCCUCAAAAAUAAGUUUUUAUUAGGUGUUGCGCAACAUUUGUUAACAUUUUCUUCUGUCCUUACGCCUUGCUUAAUUUAAGUUUCACAUAAAUUUGAGCUGUUUAUUUAAAGAAAAUUAGCCUUGCCCAAGAUCACAUUCGUUUACACUCGACACAAGCUUUCCUACUUGUUACCUGCUAUUUUAAAGAUACUAAUCCUGAUAUUUCAACUGUACAAAAUUAACUUAUAAUUCGAAAAGCGUUACAAGUUUGACACAUUUAAUAAUAUACAUACGUUAAUAUUUCGAAAUAUAUUUCAAGAAAUGUUAUCAAAAAAUAUCUUAUAUUUCUUGGAAAAAUAUUAAAGAUAAUGUCAUUUCCUCUCCCACAAUCACUAGUUUCAAUAAUACCCAACAUUUGUAUUCAGCAUAUUAAUUUUUAUUGCCUUAACCUAGAUAAGUUAACAUUUGAUAUGGAUAUGACUAGACGAUUGUUGUGAUAGUUAACCGAUAUAGAUGGGGAUACCAUUAAUAUGUUAAUGUGGAAAAAGUUGUGAAUAUUUCAUUUUUUUCGCUGUGUGAGCUUCGAUUCAGAAAAAUCAACAAUCGAUUGUUCGCGGCCGCACAUAAAUCCCCGAAAUGAGAAAUGUGUGGCACACAGCAUCGCAGUGCCCCCAUCAGCGGGGGAUCUCUCUGCCCCACUCUCUUUCUCUCCCUCUAUGGUCAUCUCCCUCCUGGCCUGUCUGAGGGCCCGGGCGAGACUCUGACUAUCCACAAAUUGGUCGUGUUCAGCUUUAAAUCGUUUUACGUAGUUUCCAUCGAGACAAGUUUCGCGGCCCCGUAAAUGUUUGCCAAAUGUGGCGCUGUUUGUAAAUCACGCACGCUGCAAGUUGCACGCAACCUCCGAGCCUCCGAGUCGAGUCGAUCGAUUACCGGUCUCUUUCACGCGGACAGUGUCUCCCUCUCUUUCUCAGUCAGAGAUUUGGGACUGGGGUAGGCCCCCCCGCCGCCUUGGGUAUCGCUCAAGUAUGUUAAUCUUGGCCAGCCGUGACUUGGCUGGAGUCCCCGCGCGGUGCCGCGGUCCUGCCCAUCGCACAUGGCUUGAAAUUUAUGCGCUGUUCAAACGGCGCGUAAUAAAUUUGUUUGCUCUUCAACUGUGUGCGCGCAUGUUCAUUGAAAUUGUGGCAACACGGUCCCGGUCCCAGGCCGAAGCGAUCCCGAUUCUCGUAUUGGAGUCCCAACACCAAACCCAAAUCCAAUUCAGAGCUCAAUCCAGAACCCAAACCCGAGCCCAGUUUCCAAUUCCAAUCUCAGUUCCAAGAGCAAUACACUUGCACAAAAGGUAAUUAGAGCAGAUUAAUUAAUUGGAUUUUAAUAAAUAUCACUAAAACUAUACUUAAUCUUCUUAAUAAAAUAUGGAAGACUUUACAAUCUUAUGGCGUUACUCAUCUUACUUACUUUCCUACCUUCUUUUACCUUCUUGGCAUUCAUUUCCCAACACUUUGCUCUCGUUUCGCUUUACUAAUUAAGCUCAAUUGUGUUUUCUCAGUGUGGCAAUCGCAUUGCCGCCAACGGCCACUUCAUUUUGUAGCUUUUAACAACAUUUCAGCAUUCUCCUGUAUUUGUUUAUAUAAACGUUUUAUUCAUUUGUGGGGCUGCUCGCUGCUGCUGCCUGUGUUCUCUGGGUUCCUCUGGCAUUGCUUUAUCUUUUGGUCAGUCUUUCAGCUUUUGCAGUUCGUGCUGCCGUUCCUGGCGGCCUAAUUGAUGCGCACUUGGCCCGGGUUGCUGGUGGGAUACGACUUCGACCCCCUUGCAACCGCCGACUGGCGGCGUUCCCCCACCAUUCCGACGGCAUCUGCGCAUGCGCAACAUUCACACUUUGCUGGCUUCGCCGGUUGCUGUUGUUGUUCGCCCGUCGCCAUCUCCAAGUUGAUUGCACAUUUUAUUUGCGCAUUUAUUUGCAUUUUUUCUCACACCGCCGCGGUUCAAUUUUCAACUCCAGUUCAGCUGGGCAAAGCUUAGGCUCAGCCCAGUUCCCAGUUCCGUUCCGAGCCGCUUGGUUCCCCUUGUUUGUUUUGUUUGCCAAUGCCAAUGCGAAUGCAAUUCAAUUGUCUUCAGGUUGAGCGCAUUUCGUCUUGGCCUUCUUCAUUUGUUUGUUUGUUUUCCUUUCCGCCUUUUUCUGCUGCUGCUGCUGGUGCUGCUGCUGGGGGGUUUUCUCAUGUUUGCCGACGACGACUGAGGCCGCCUCCUUUAAUAGUUCAUUUAGUUUGCAUUUUUAUGAAGUCUUUGUGUGGGUUGUGUAAUAAAUUUAACUCAAGUUUAUUUAUGUGCCAUCGCCGAGACAUUUAUCACUCAAUUUGAAGGCGUAAUUGGGCGCAAAGCGACAGGAGGCUGCCACAGGAGUCAUCGUCGUCGUCGUUGUCUCAAGUCGUCGCUCGUCUCCUCUCUCCUCUUCCUGGCUCCCCAGCUCAACUCAACUUAAAUCAACUCCGACUCGGCCUCCGACGACUGACAGCCGAUAUGGCAUCUGUGUGUUGCAUAUUUUGCAUAUCGUUAUGCAGUUUCCUUCGCCUGAUGCAGUUGCUCUUCUUGAUUGGCAAUGCCGUCUGGAGUUGGCCAAAAUUGGAUGAUCCCCGCGCCAAGGGGACAUGAUCUUAACGGUUUUCGAUUCGUGUCGUGUGGGGACAAUUUUACUUCAUUUGCAUAUGGGCAUUUUCUGUGUUUUUUAUAAGCUGUCAAAGUGGAGUUGCUUUUGACACCCAAAGUGGUUUGGAAUUUAAGAGAAAUCGGCGCACCAGUUAGCUGGUCAGGAAAUAAUCCUAAAGGAUCAUCAGUGGCUUAAAUCAAAUUGAUAAACUUUGAUAGUAUUUGUACAUUAAAUAAGACCAUAAAAGAUAAAUUUAUAUAAUCCUAGCCUAGAGUUUAUUUUGUUUAUUGCCAAAUUGCUGCGUUUAUCUAUGGCUUUUAAUUCCCGGAAAAAAAUAAACACAAAUGAACAUCUGGACAUGGAAAUUUCCAACUAAAUAUGCAAAUGAAUAUCCGCAUAUCCAUUAAGUGGAAAAUUUAGCGUAUCCUACACCCACUAUACAGCAUUUUUGCAUACAUACAUGUGUCAAAUUGAAUGAUUCGAAAAAUGUCCAAAUUAAUUUACUGCUUCAUCAAGCAUCAAUUUUGGCAUUUCCCUCGAAUUGUUACCUUGCUGCGCCACCAAAAGCCAAACGCCGGCAAACGUCGAAUUUUCAAUCCGAAUUUUAUAGUUUGAAUAGAACAAUGUGUCCCCCCAACACACACACACACACUUAAAUCUGCUUAACAAGAGCUAUAUACAGAUACAGAUACAGAUAGGUAUAGGUUUAGGGAGAGAGGGAUACUUGAACACGUGUAUUUUGGCACCUGUUUUGGCCAGCGCACUGGGAACAAUGGCCAGCAGCGCUGAAAAUGUCGUUUAGCAACCAGAAACCAUUUUAAACAAUAAAUAAGCAAUUUAUGCCACAAUGCCAGCCAUUGGGGGGACAGGGCGAGGGGACGGACUGUCUGUGGUGGGUGGCAUGCAAGAAUGCUACAAAAGAAUUCAACACAUUUUGUAAUUUCAUUUCAUCUGCACCUGAUGGAUAGUUGAAGGAUGGCAAAGGAUAAGGAAAUAAGUGUCUGACUGUCAAGGUGUAGCAUGGAAUAUAUAUUACUGGAAUUCUGAAAUAAAUUAAAUUAUUUAUUUCCUAAAUAAAUAUCUUAUAAUACCAGGACAUUUAUUAUUUUUCAUGUCCCUUAAAUGGGUAUUCCUUUAGUCGGCUACAAAAAGAGAUUAAACACUAGAGCUAUCUGCUCCUUUGUUUAUGUUUACCUCGCCUCCAGCAACAGUGUUUUUGACCGAAAAACUUUUGCCUCCAAAUUGCAUUGCUGCUACUCUGUCUCUCGAAUGCGAUUCCGAGUCCUGCUCCUGCUCCUGCACCACCUCCCGCUCCAUUUCCGCGUCAGUUUCCGUCUGGCAUUUGUUGCUGUCUGAUUGCCCGCAAAAGACUAGUAGCCGGUGCUAUACAGUGCUACCCGAGAGUAGCCCCAGAUCCGCAAACAGGAGCAGCCUCAUCAGCGGCAUUGCAUCUCCACACACUGCAGCACACUCACUCGCAUACUCGCGAAGCGAACAAAAAAUCGAAUUUCCCGUGCGGACUGAUUCGAUUUGGCGUUGCAAUUUCACGCUGUGUUAUUGCAAAGUGGCUGCAACUGUCGGCGCCAGGCCAGUACCAGCACCCGAAAGCCCAAUCCACCAGCUGCUGUAACUCCUACUCCUACUCCCUGGUAUACCAUCCAUGCCAUGCCAAAGCCACAGCGGCAGGAACUUGCUCGUUCUGCUACCAAAAUAGCAAUUUCGAUGGCGCACAACAAUGGCCAAAAACGAACGAACGCCGGCUAGAAAAAAAUAGCACAAAAAAAAUCUCAUUUAGUGACGAAUUAAGCGCCAAAACAGACAGGCGAUUCAGUUUGUCAGACAAGCGCUAGACACCGAUAUAGAUACGCGUACAAGUGCACUGGGAAAAAUAUCUAAGAAGAAACGAACAAGGCCUUAACAGGUUUUAAAAUUAAUUUAAUUAAUUCUACUUAAAAAUGUGUUAGAUAUUUAUUAUAUAUAAUUAGGAGCCUUUUUUAUAUAAAUUUUAUAAGUUUAAUAACUAACAGUUAACCGUCAGCUCUUCAACAUAUUUAAAAUCACUUUUUUAUAAUUUUUUUCAAGUGCUUUUCUACGGAAGCAGGUUUAGGUUUGGGUCUAGGUCCUGGGCUUGAGUUUCGGGCAUCGGCUUGCAGGCCGGCCUGGUCAGCGCUGUCAAGUGCAGAAGGACGACCGGCGGCAGUAGAUGACUCGGCACUAUCUAUGGCCUGGCAUCGAUUGGUUUGCAAUGGUCUAAACUGGGCCCACCACCCCUUCAUACAUCCCUUUGACUCCGCCGACUCGUUUGCUGUUUAUGGCCUUAAACGCCAUUUUGUGCGCACUCAUUCACGCCACGGUUUGACAUUGCCAUACUCGGAACUCGAACUCCCUUGUAUGCCCUCGAAAGCCCACUCCUGGCAGCGCCAUUGUCCGUCUGCUGCAGGAUCCAUGGAUCCAUUGUCUGUUCUGGCAGGGACCCAUUCUAACAUCCGCCUCCGCAUCCUCGUCCGCCGGCACUUCCUGUGGGUGCCUGUGCACUGCCAUUCUGACAGAUUGUUGCAAGGGCAAGUGCAAUAUUAGAACAUGAUUUAUUUAUGCAAUUUUUACCAUAAAGCGAGCAAUUUUCGUUCACUUUGCAGCAGCGCGCGAAUUUCACUGGCAUCGUGCAUCCAUUUGGCAUUUGUCUAUCAUUUUCGGGAGCGCGAGCUCACAAUUUGUUUUCCGUUUUCCCCCCAUCUCACCAUAUUUGGUGUUUUUUGGGGGAUUUCCCCUAGUAGGGCAGUCAUGUCCAUUAGUCGAUGUGUCGGCACGUCAAUUUGUUUGUGUCCGUCCGUCUGCACUGUCGGUAUAUCCAUCCUGGGUUGGCCUGGGACUGACUUGCACUGUUGGCGUUUGAAAUUAUGAUAUGGAAGGCGAGCAAUCGAAAGCCGUGGAGUUCGGGCCUAAUAAGUUCUUACUGCGCACUCCCAUUUUGGCAAUUAGCCGUGGCAUACUGACUGUAAUUAGUGGCGGGGCUGAAAAGAUGAGCGGGUUAACUAAUGGAAUGGUUCUCAGGAACGAAGCUGGAGUGUUGACGAUGACAUGCUGAUGGAUGCUUCUUUUGAUCUCAACAUGAGUGAUUCAAUAGACAGGGACUUUGGGGGAAUUGUAUCUUGAUUUCAAUAGAAAUUAUGGAGAUUUUUAUCCAAACAUGAGUCUUCAGUGGUAAUUGUAUUGUAUUUUAUGGAUUGAUUAUACGAUUGACCAUAUCUGUUAUAUGGGCUUUCUGCUGUUUCAAAACUAGUUAAAAAUCUAAUUGAAUUUUCAUAAUUAAUGACCAUAUUCUAAGGAUAUUAACCAGAGUCCAUAUAAAAAUAUGUUUUUCUAACACCAUUUGAUAGCAAAAGGCGCUCAUCACAAGGUGGAAUAAUUUCUAUUAACACCUAGAAAAUCACUCACUCCCCUUCUCUGGUUAUUCAUCAAAAUUUCUCCUUCCAGCUAGUUUACUCUCUCCCUUUUUCCCUUAAAAACCAACGCAAUCAACCGCAAUCAACACCAAAGAGCUGAGAGCAAUAAGAAAAAAGAAAAUGCAUAAUCAACAUUUUUAUCAUUUGCGAUAGAGAAAUAUGCAAAGCAGAGCAAAGAGCUGGCCAAGUAUUUGAAAAUGGGGAAUGCAGCGGGAAAAACAGAGGGCGGGAAAAACAGAGGGCGGGAAAAUGGGGGGAAAUGAAUGAAGCACAUUAUAAAUGCCAGAGUACAUGCUAACUACAACAAUUAUCCUUAAUGUUGCCAGCAACUGCCAUUAGGGAGAAAUGCGAACGCGGACGGAAAAUCUCCUUGUCCAUGGCUGAUCACUUGCUGGAAAGAAAUUCAAAUUAAAAUGCUUCCCAAUGCUAUGCAAAAUAGUUUCAAUUUUCUGCCAGAGAGCGCUCGAGGAAUGCUCAUUAUUCAUCUGGAGAAAUUUUACGCGAAAUAUAUAAACAAGAGGAGACGGAGGAUUAAAUGUCAAGGAAUGCGCAGGACAGCGAAUCAAUAUCGCAAAGCAAACGGCACUUAAUUACAGGCCAGUUGUGAGUUUUCUCCGUGUGCUUAUUGAUUCACGCUAAUAAACCUCAACCUUUUAAGCAGAGGACAAACGCCUGUUAACAAGGCGCCAGGACACGCGAUCGACACCAUUACCAACACCCGGCUAAAGGGAUAUGGAAUAGGGGUAGUCCCACAAACAUAUCCUGACGAACAUACAUACAUAUAUAUGUGUAUCAACCCCCUGUAAUCAAAGCCAGCUGCCAACUGCCGUCUGCAUUCCAUUUACCUUGCUCAGAGGCACUUUUCAAUUAUGUUAUUAAAACAAGCAAACGGGCAGUUAAGGACCCUUGCAGGACCUGCCCAGCAUUGCGUGUCUGCGUUUGUUGUUAGUUUUUUUUCCAAACAACACUAACGUUCAUAUCGUUAAAUAUAUAAUUCUGGUUCGUUUUUUAAUACUUUUUUUUUUGUAGAAUUUCCUAACCCGACCAGUUACUUAUAAAUGCUGCAGGAAUCGUAAUGGCAGUGUGGCAAACAUGAAAAUUCAAUUAUGAAUACUCGGCUUAAGGUUGACGCCCCGUAAUUUCCUAGUAGCCCUCUUUCCACACCCCUCCGUUGCCUCGCGUAUCCUGUAGCCGCCUCGCUGGCCAAGUCUGUGGCUCAAGGCAAUUUGCAUGGGUAAAUAUUGUAAAUCUAUGACGGGUUUGCAAUCAUUUGCAAUCGGAGACCGCAGACGGAAUGAGCGGAGCGAUUCGCACAGACAUCGUCUAAUUAUGUCGAGUAGCAAACAAGAUACACUCGCAUGCAGCCAGAUGCAAAUAAAAAUAAAUAUUUACAUUCAAUUUCGACAAACGCUCGAAGAGCGAGUGUGUGAGCGAGCGAGCUAGCGCCAACUUCGCCAAAGGAAAAUUGUGCGUAAAAAGCGGCGGGAGCAGUCGACGCAUAUUUGUUAACCUCAAGCAACAGACCAAAACCCGAACCCCGGAACCGCAACCAGAACCUGAGCCCCAAACCGGAGCUAAACUGCAAGAAAAAAUGUUCCUAUAUAAAAUUACAAAAUAUGAUUAUGUUUUGACUAAAAGAGUUAUGAGAAAUAGGGUAUAAGAUAUGUACACAGUCAGCAAUAUGAUGAGGAUAUUUAGGUGGAAACUGUUUAGAAAUAUAUUAUUUAAACAGUUUUUAAUUAAGAUCUUGUGUUGAGAAAUACUUUCUUUAAAUAUUGAAAUUAAUCUUAUAUCAUAAAAAACAUUCUACAAGAAAUCCCAUAGAUAUUUAGUUCCCUUCUGGCCUUAGCUUUUCUAUAGUUUUGAAGUUUUUGAACCAACUUUGUAUCCAAGUGUAAAACGAGUUCGAUUUCGAUGCCGCCCAGACGAAAUCGAUUACCGACUGAUUGAGUGAAAUGCUGGGUUCCUCUACCCCUAGGGAAUGGGUUGCUGCAGGUUAAGUUUGGCAUAUAGAUAUAUCGCUAUGGCUAUGGAGGAUAUAUCUAUGGCUAUAGCAGCACCAGCAGUAGCAUCGGUUACGACGACGACUGUCAGUUAAAAUGGUAAUUGACUUUUGCGCUAAACCGCAAUGUGUUUGUAAACUUGUUGCCAUGUUGUCUAUGUACACACAGUAACCCCCUGCGAUGCCCUGCCCCAUGUUGCAAUAUUGGUCCGGAAUGCAACGAGAAACGCGAACUCGAACUGGGGCUCUCGUUGCAAUUUCACAAAACGCUGGCAUAAGCCAAGGCGCACAAGCCCAAAGCUCCACGUUCGCUAUAAUGUCAUAUUAGAGUUUAUCAACUGGCUUGGCUAUGAAAAUUUAGAGCGCUCCUGCGCAAAGUACGGGGAUUCCAACGAGGACGAGGAUGAGAACUCCAACGAGGAUAGCAGAGGGAAUGGCAGAGGGACAGCCUGCAAUUUUCAAUUUCGCGCACACUUUGCACAGAUAAUAGAAAUUUCUUUCUUUCGUCGCACUGCUUUUUCCUCCUUCGCUGCGUUUAUUGACACAAAUCGCAAACGCAUUUGGCAUAAGUACCGGCCAACAAGCUGCCUGCAUUUUCCAGCUCCACUUUCCCCCCGUUCAGAGCUUGCUUUUCCUCGCUCCCUUUCCAUUUUGUACUUAUUGUUUUUCUGCUUAAAGUAUCUGGGUUAUGAGUGGUUUAAUGGCAACUCACUCUCGUCCUUUUGUUCAGCUUUGUUGUUGGGCUUCCUUCCAGCCAGGCAGCUUUAGUUGGUUAGUUCUGGCCAAGUUGUGUUGAAGGAACUAUUUCCUAAGGUGCUUAGCAAAAUGUGUAAUGCUCUGCUAAGACAAUUGCUAAGGAAACAAAUAGAAAAAGGGAUAGAGCUUGAAAUAUCUAGGAAAUAAGGGAAAUGUGUAAAUAAAAAUCGAAGAAAUUUUAUUCGAUAUUUAAGGGUUUACUUUGUUGUUAUAAUGUCUUACAAGGAAAUUUAAGAAACGGGAAUCUAAAAUACACCAUAACAAAGAUUGUCUUUAAAACUGAAUUCAUAACCCAAUAAAAUAAAGCACUUUCCUUGAAGGCCAAUCAAAUGCUCGGCGGCAAAAACCAGCCUUUCAAGACGAGAGGCGGAAAGAUAUUCGCAUAAUUAUGACUUCAGCGGUUACAGUCUGGCAAAUUUUCCAUGUGAAUGAAUUUCGCACAAUUACACACGCGUAGGCAGAACCACAAAAAAAGGAGGAAAAAAAUGGAAGAAAAUAAAGACACGGAGACCUGGGGAGUGGGCACAUGUCAGCACAUGGCGAUGACGAUGACGACGACGACGAUGGUGGCAAGCAGCAGAUCAACUUCAUUCACAAUUAAGCUAAAAAUACAAGCCCCCCAGGUUCGCAGAAUAAAAUUUAUUGUCAAGUGCAGAGUCACAACAUUUUCAAGAUGUGUAACAGUCACAGUCGUAGUCACAGUCGCAACCGAAAUAAUUGAGCAGCAGGGAGGCGCAGAAGUCUGGUUCAGGUCUAGGUGUAACAAAGGAGAAAAACUCUGGGAAAUACGGUCGAGGAAAAUGGGGAUGUGGAUGGGUGGAGUCAGGCUGUCGCUCACAGCACAAAAAAAUAAGAGGAGGACUGGGCUGGGCGGGCAAAUCAACAACGCAAUCUUAAUGAAGGCAAUAAUUCAAACAAAAUGCAAAAUUCCCUCAACAAACUGAAGGCAGUCGCUGCGAGUCACUCACUUCACUUCACAGCCGAGACAGCAGCAGCAGCAGCGUUGAAAAAUUGCCGCCUGAGAAAGAAUUUCUUGUUGAAAUUAAAUUUUUACAAAAUCAAAUAAAAUCCAGCGUGCGGCAGUCACUCACUCACUCGCUCAAUUCCCGCAACGCCCUCGGGAUUCCCUCGAUGGCGUUGUUUCUCUUAUUAAUUAGUUUGUAUAUUUUUGGCAUACGAAAUACAACACGAAAUUGUUUAACAUUUUAGCCCCGGCUGCUGGCACACUCACACACAACACACAUUAAGUGGCAACAUUUGUCAAUUUGUUUUGGGCUGUAAUUUUCGGGCUCGUCGGAGGGUCAACCUCUCGGACUGGGACUUGGGUGUAGUUAAUGGCCGAACAUUUGCCUAAAUAAUGAGCCACCGGUGUAUUGCUUUGAAUUCGAUUUCGCUUGAUUAAAAAUAUAUUUCAUUGUCGGGGACCGUUGCCAGCCAGCCGCCUGCCAGUCCAAAAGUGGGUCGUCGUCGUCGUCAUCAGUGGGUGGAUCGCAUUGGAUCAGAGCUUGUUGCAGCUGAGAAGCUAAUCAGGCAAAUGUGGCACACUUUUCGGUAAGGUGAAUUCAUUAGCCUCCGAGUCCGGUUAGUUGGGGGGCAGGACAAAUGAGUGUAAUCGUCAGCCAGAUGGCAUUGAGUGAUGGGUAUUGGUGUGGGGUAGAGUCUGGGCAAAACUACAGUGGGAUAUGCAGGAGAAUUAUAAUAUUUAGAAAGCUAAUUAGAUUCUUUAAUGAAUUAGAAAUGUUUAAGAUUUUGAAUUCCUUUAGAAUUCCCAAAGGAAACGGAUAUUGAGAACUUCUUUUAAAGAUCUUUGUGUUUUGGAUGUUGCGCAACAUGUUUCUAGCAACAUUUGUCUUCAGUUGUCAACAUUUUCGUCUGCCCUUCGCUCUGUUUAAUUCAAGUUUUCAAUAAUUUUGGGUGUAUUUAGAUUGCCAAUGCUUCUUUUAAUAUAUUAAAUAUAUUUUGAAGUUCCUUCCAAGAUUAAAUAUAAAUUUCUACCUAACAAAUUUCUCUUGCUUAAGGAAUAUUUGUCCAUCAACUUUUUCGAGCGAAUCCAAUCCGCUUCAGUAUUUGCUCAAAUCUAGCUUGCUGCAUAAUUAAAAGUGAAAAAAAGAAGGAAAAUGAAAACUCUCACCUAUUUCCUGUCCCCCCCAAUGCAGUGCAAUUUUCACUUUUUUUUUCGUUGUGUCCGCCGUGUCGUCGCCGCUCCGUUUUCUCAUUUUGUACAAAUAGCCUCAAGGCGGCGCUGGCCGGGCAAACUUUCGAAAUUUAACGCCGGGCACAAUGGGGCACCAGGAAUUGCCGGGACGGGCUGCCAGCCGCAGCAGUGGCGGAGAACAAUUACGGGGAGUUGGUGGUACCCCCGGUUUUUCGGUCUUAUGCAAACAGGAAACGUAUAAUGAACAAAGUCCGAACGAGUCACUCACUCGCCCGGCGGAGUUGCGCCGGAGAGAGCACGCGACUCGGCACUCUAGACUGUGCGGACUUGCGACUCCUCCCGGCCUGCUGGAUGGCAUUCAUCCAUUCAUUUUUGAGCGGUUUCGUGGUUAACAACCGCUUCCUUAUCCUUAUUAUUUUAAUGCCUGCGGCAGCAUUCCAUCUUACUUACAUUUUUCUCUCCUUCUCGCUGUCGCUGUUGUGGCUUAAAUAUUUUAGCUACCGCCAGCUACUAGUUGGGCGUCUGUCUGGGCCGGGUCUUUGUGCCCAUAAUUGGGGUUAACUGCGUUCAGCAGGUGAGGAAGCUCUGCUCCGUUCCGAUCCGGUCCGCAUUGUGUGCUAAAGUGUGCCAAAAGGAAGAGUACCAUCCGUGGUGGAGUUUAAUUUCAGCUUUCUUUAUAUUUUUUUUACCAGCCUCCGGCUUUGGGGCCAGCAAUUAACUGCAAUUGAAAGUGAAAUUGAAUUUGAAUUUGCAUCUGCACAAACAGAGAGAGAUCCGGAAUAGAUGGUGUGUGCUUUUGACAUUGGCCUGCCACCGGGGUGACAGAGUGUCAGAGUUGACACGCAUGUUGAGAAAAUUCAAUUAAAAAUUGUUGUGCUGCACUCUGUUGAGACUCCGUUCGGUCUCCUUUUAUUUUUGCUCGCCGGCUCGGCUCAUCGCCGAUUCAGUUGAUAAUUAUUUUUACGCGCCGGGUUGCAGGGUAAAGUGCAUUAAAAAUGCAAAUGGCAACACUUUGCCACUUUGAUGCCAGUGUUGCCAGUGUUGUCACGUUUGCCGUUUUAUUAAUUUAUUAAAUUAAAAACAACGCAAAAGGAGCGGCAGCAGUAGUACCGCGUCGGCGACUCCACACUGGCAUGUGUAAUUGUAAAUUUAUGAGCGUGCCACAAAUAAAAAGGAGGCUCGGUACAGUAAAGUAAAGCAAAAAAAAAAAAAAAGGUGAAUCCACAGCAGGGGCAACGAGUUCAACUGGGGCGCACUGUCAAUCGUGUUGCAUGAAUUAUUAAUUAUUUGCUUUUCGCACACACACUGAGAUACUACAUGAGGGGGAAGUAGGGGCAAAAAGAUACGCCAAGGCAGUGUUGCAAUGCGGCAAUCGGCUGUCAACUCUCCGCCACUUUGACAAGGGAAACACUAAUAAAAUUACUAACCAAAAUGGCCAAAAAGGCAUUCGAUUCAUUGCGUCACUGAUUGCCAAUAAAGAAGAGAAACCGAAAUUAGUCUAAUCUAAUUACCUGUCACGCUUUAUUGUCUUUAGCAUAACGAAAUGGAUUUUGGAAAAUAAAAAGUCAAAGCCUAUGUUGGUUUUUUUAUGUAUCAUCCCGAAAGAGGAAAAAAUUUGAGGGGGAAAUAAGAGAGAUGAGUACUUUUAGGUGGGUAGGUAAUGUGAGAGGCCAACCCCGAGGCGGAAUGGCUGAGGAUUCGGUAUUCAGGACUCUCCUCCACCCCGACGCCUUAUUUAUCCUGCGUUUUCCCCCAGGGGACACACGGACUUUGGUAUUUUCCAGCGCUCUCCCUCUCUCUCUUUCUCGCUCGGUGAAUUAUUCAGGCCUCAAUCGAUGGCUGGCCGAGCAUCUUCCUCACUGCAUACUGUACUGGGUAGUCUCCUCCUCCGCCCACUUCAUAUAUCCCCCCUCAGUGCUGCUGACAGUUUAUUUGCCAAAUUGCUUGCAUGUAAUAUGAAACUUUUUCUUCCUUUUCCGUUUCUGUUUCGAGGCUAAUUUUUAGUUUAGGGAAGAACCAACAAAAAAAAUGUGUCUGGGUGUGUGCUAAAUCGAAAAUCUGAAACACGCGUCACACAGCAUUAAAUGAGAAGGCAGGAUCAGGAGAUUUCCAAGGGGUGAAGAGUGGUUAGUUCACUAAUACGGCAUGACUCAACCGUUUUCCACGUAGAGUUGAAUGCCAAAGCAACUUAUCUGUGCUGGCAUAUCUUUAUUCCUGGCUAAAUGCACUAGGAAAACAUAAUAUGUAUUAAAAAUAUAUUUUAAAUUAAAUAUAAAUGCCUGUAAACCAGGCUAGAAAUUUAAAUAAAUUACAAAUUAAUUUAGUAAUAACAUUCUUAGUUUUUGGGUAGUUUACAUAAUAGAUAGUUAUAAAAUAUAUAAUAUUACCCAUACUCAAUAUACUUUUUCUCCCAGUGCCUUGUACCCAACCCCUUUUGUCCGCAUCCUGACCAUAAUUCAUAAAACAUUUUAAAUUUGAAAAUCUGGCCGUGGAAGGGGGGGAAUAAUCGGGGAGAACACAGUUAUUGUUGCGUUAUAAAUCUAAUUAGAAUAUGGAUGUAUGUGUUCGGGGGCCCGUAUCUGAAUAUGCACGUAGACUAAACCAAUUUCAACCCCCCCUACCCCUACCCUACGGCACUGGGCUCAUUUCAUAUGCUCACCGCAUCUGGCCGCAUCUGAAAAUUGCCAAUGGCGCCGUUGCGUCUGGGGCAAUAAAUUUGAUUUGUUUCAAAUUACAGUAGAACGCAACGCGAAAAAUUGUAUUUUCUCUUUCUUGGUGCAUUUUUUUUUUGGGACUGAGCCGGUAAAUCGAAUUGAAACUGAAAUCCUUGGCUGAGCUGCGGUUGCUCUUUGUGGGCAAUUUUCAUAAUUUACAUAAGCAAAUCAAAUUGUGAGC